AAAAUUUAAAAAACGGAAAAGAAUGACCAUCGCAUAACACCCCCAAUGAAAGAGUCCACCGACGACCCAAAGAAAAUGACACAGUCCCAUUACUCUCUUCGAUGGAAUAACCAUCAGACCCACAUACUGGCAGCAUUCGAGGCCCUCUUACAGGCCGAGACUUUGGUGGACGUCACUUUGGUAUGUGCGGAAACGUCAGUUCGGGCUCAUAAGGUUGUCCUCAGUGCUUGCUCGCCGUUUUUCCAGCGAAUCUUUUCGGAAAACCCUUGCAAACACCCGGUGAUCGUGCUGAAGGACUUCAAUGGGUGGGAGGUACAGGCUAUUGUAGAUUUUAUGUACAAGGGGGAAAUAUCUGUGAUCCAGGAACAGUUGCAGAGUUUGAUCAAGGCUGCCGAAAGUCUGCAGGUGCGGGGUCUGGCCACCCAGGACCCGUUCGAUAAGGAAAGUACUUCGAUAAUUAAUCAGACACCAACUCCUUCAGCUUCGCCAAAUGAUUUUGAUCGAAACUACUACAGUAAUACGAGAUUUCCAAAUACAGGGGUAGCACCCAAAACCCCCUCGGAACAGACCUCACCGUUUUCUCCGUCUUCAGCGCAAAACAACUUCGAGACCCCAAUUAAACUGCCACACAUGCCGCGUCUAUCCUUUCCAGAUACUCUCCUGCCAAGGCCAGAAUGUCAAUCGCCGAUACCGAGAAGAAAACAAGCAAGGCCGCGAAGGCGGUCAGGAGAGAUGUGCGGCCCCCAAGACCUGUCCAUUCCACCCCCAAAAUCGGAGUCCCCAGCCGAAGAGACUGCUGAAAACUUGUGUAUAAAAAAGCAAAUAAAAGAACAAAAACGAGAAAUCAAAGAAGAGAAAUCGAGGACGCCGGAGAUGAGUAUAGGAAGUCCGGAAAUGGACUUGAGCCUGCCCAGCACCAAGGAUUUUCGAACUUCUCCCAUUAGUAUGCAUCCCAUCCUGAGUCUCAAGCAAGAAAUUGAUAGUCACUCGCCGCUGCCCUUUCCGCCCAUGCCGUCGGUUUCUGCCUUGACCAUGACACCGCCCCAUAGUAAAUUUUUUGGUCUGGAUUCUCCCCUCGGACUAUUUCCCCCAGGACUUGAGGGAUGUAGGAAUCCUUUAUUUGACAUGCCAGAUCCGAGGACGACACCUGAUUCCCAAAUGUUCGUUAAAAAGAAAAUGGGGAGGCCAAAAGGGCAACAUUCGGCACCCAGAGGCGGCCCACCCCGUUCCUGGACCAACGCAGAGUUAACGGAAGCCCUUCAGCACGUGUGGAAUAAGAAAAUGACGACCAGUCAAGCAUCCAGAAUAUUCGGGAUUCCCUAUAAUUCUCUCCUAAUGUACGUUAGGGGAAAAUAUGGAAAAAGCCUUAAACUUGAGCAACUGCGAAAAGACUGCAUCGGGGGUCCAAAUGCUGCCAUGGAUAUCCUCAACCUUGGAAGCAACAACAACACCAACAAUCCUUGCAAGCCUGAGAGAGAGCCUGAACCGAUCCAGCCCAACACGAGGCCACCGAGCACGGAAGACCAACACCCCCAGCACUCGAUGUUCAACCCCUUCACUCACAGCUUUUACCCAGACUUCGGAUCCGCGUUCCCCAUUCCAGUGAGUAUGAUCCAUUUGCUGCCGCAGAGCGAGAAGAGCAGGGAGCAGUUUUCGCAGCAGCAGCAAAUGGAGGACGAUAGUAAAGAGCGGGUGAAAGACUUGAGUGACGACGUGCAGACCGAUUUAUUCCGACCACCGGCGCUAUCUGUCGAGGAUAGGCGCGAACUAGUACAACAGAAUGGGCAAGAUUAAGUCUGAUUUAUUGUGCAAAGGUUUUUAUCGUCCAAGAAAUCGACAACUCUAUGAUAAGUCGAUCUAAUGGUAUAGCUAAUAUUAUAGUUUUAUCAGGAUAUGUUACUAAUUGUUACAUAUAACAUAUACCUACAACAAUUUCACUGUAUUUUAGAUCGACGUAUAAGUCAUAAUUUCAUUGCAGUUCUUCGUCUUUGAUACUGUUUUCGAUCUGUGUCACACAUUUUAUGAAUUUUUCAUCACUCAUUUUGUGAGUGAUGACAUUUUUUAUUCGUGUCUUGUAUUUUAGUAAAGUAGUCGUUUAGUUAUAACAAAUAAUUUUUAUCAUGUUAUUCACUAUACUCCUGGUCAAGAAAAAUCCGGACACUUGCAUUUCGUAUAUUUUUUUAGUCUUUAGGUGUUCAGUGGUUUAAAUGGGAAAGUAAACAUUAAUAAUAGAAAUUGUACCAUUAUAAAUGUCACAUAAUUGCUAUUUUAUUUUCAAAUAAUUAUUUUAUUCUAUUUUCUUUAAUAAUUCAUUAAUAAUAAUCUUCUAUUUGUUUUAACCUGUUUUUUCGUUAAAAACUUGUUUGGCGCCCUCUUUCUUUAUUUUCUAUAGGCAUAUCUCCGUAUAAAACAUCCAAUCACUUUGUCAUAAUUCGGAACAUUUUAUUCCAUCGUUCUAUGGUUCAUGUCAAUGUCAUCCCACUACCAUUACUGUGAAUAUCAAGCCCCACGUUGGGCGCCAAAGUGUAGCGAUAAACUACCACAGAGAAUUGAAAUAAUAUUGUAACCAAAAAUUAAUAAUAGCGUAUUUAACAUACUAAAAAAGUAAUAAGUAACGCAAAAAAAUUAACAUUGUUCGAAAAAUUAAACAAAAGAAAAAAGAGAAUUUUAAUUGCUCACAGUUGGCUGUUUUUUAGGUUUAGUAUCGGGAGGUGCUUCUCGCACAUCUGCUGAGGAUUGCAAUACGCCUACGCAACGCAUACUUGUAAUAAGUUGCUGAAUCUUUUCUUGUGACAUUAUGUUCCCAUUCUUCAUUUAACGCUAUUUUCAGCUCUUGAAUCGUUUCUGGCAACGGUUGCCUCUUUUAAUCUUUUUUCAUAAAAUGUCCCAUAAAUUUCUAAUGGAUUCAUGUCGGGACUGUAAGCAGGCCAGUCCAAAACGAUAAUUCCGACAGUAUUUAGGUAGUCCAUGACGAUUCGCGCAGUAUGUGGAUGCCCAUUAUUCUGCAUAAAUAAGAAAUUAUUUGCAACGAAAGGAACGUACGGGACAACAUUGUCCUUCAGACACUAUCAUUAUCUAUGUCUGCUGUUAGAGUUCCAUGUUCGAUGAAAGUUAAUUCGGUGCGUCCAAUGAAUAAAAUACCCGCCCAUACCAUAACACCUCCGCCACCAAAUGGCCUUCUGGGAGAAAUACAGCUAACCGUUCUCCUGCUCUCCUGGCAAGUCGUUGAACAUGAGAACACCCCAUGAUCAACAGUCCAUUCUUUGUGAUCAUUCGUAAAUCUCAUCCUGUUCUCGAUAAGCUGCUAUUAAUUUAGGGAAUGCUAAUGGCUUAUGAGAACGUAAACCACUUUCAUGCAAGACUCUUCUUGCAGUUCGUACAGAAAUAUGAGUUCCUCGAGCUUAUAACAAAGGACUAGCGAGAACAUUUGACGUUAAAGAGUGGUUCUGUAAUGCAGAAAUCCUAAAAAAAACGUUCAUCACGCUCCAGUGUCCAGAUUUUUUUGACCCGGAGUGUAUUUUUUUAAUAUUCAGUUUGCAAAAUUAUUUCUCAAAUUAAUCAGUUUUCUCUAUUGGUUACUGCUAUAUUUAGGUUAGUUUUUUUUUAUCAAUUUUAUCUUACUACACUCUCACAUCCACUUAUCGCUAGCCCCCUCAUAUUUACAUCUCUCACAAAUUUCAAUUAUAAUGAUAUACAACUUUUUGAAUAAAAUAAUAUAUAUACAUGUGUCAAUCUACAACAGUGAAUUUGUCUAUUACAAACUUUUAUUUUUACAACUACAGAUCCCUAUGUCCUCCAUAACUUGUUACCGUCCGACAGAUACUAUUAUAAUAUCGAUAUUAUUUUAUUAAAACAUAUUCUUUUUCCGACAGAAUACGUCAUACGUCAGUACGUCAUAUGUCAAUACGUCAUAGUUUUUCUGUCAUAGGUACGUCAACAGUUAUGUGUCAUUUCUUUGAAAUUAUGUUGUUGAGUUAAUAACCACAAAACUGUAUUAAUAUUCUAUUUUACUUGGCGUUUUUUUUAUAAUAAAAUGCAUAAAAUUGCACAUAAAUACAAUAAAAAUGUGAAAUAAUAUUAUUUUGUAAUCUGUGUUAAAAAUUCUAUUCUGAGAGUAAGGCAAAGGUAUGCAGUAAUGCCAACUGCCAACACAAAUUUUGACAGAUGUCAUUUGCUGACGUAAUACGGAUUCAGUGGCGGAGAAGAUCGCACACUAAACUAUAAUACGAACACUGAGCCAUUAGAUCGGCUUGUUAUGAGUUAUAAAAUAAUAGGGGCAAUAUUAGAAAAUAUGUAUUGGGUAGGAGUUUGUAAAAAGAGUAUGACAUUAAAAUGGGUCUUAAAGAGGGACCGUUCUGUUACAGAUUAUUGAAAUAAUUUUGUUUUUGUGAACCACAAACGGAUGUUUUGUGGCAUUGUUGGUUGAUGUUUAUUGAUUAGACUAAGCGCGUGCUUCCUAAUUUUCUAAAGGGGGUUGCUUCUACAAAAAUUUACCAAUGUGACUUUUAAAACUGGAUUUACCUGUACAAAGAAGUGAUUUAAAAAAAAUGUGAAAAUUUGACAAUGAUGGUUAUAAAUAAGUGGAAACUGCUACAUACAUUGUACCUUUUAAGAGAUGUUGAAGAAUAAAGAUUUCUGUGGUUCCUAAAACACUUCUAGGCGACUUUUAAGGCUUUUCAGCUGCUAUGGGAGGUUGCAGAAACUUCUGAACCGUCAGUAUGGUCAAAAAUAUAUGUGUUACAAAAUCAUUCUUCGUUCAUUAAUAAAAUAUGUAUAAUAAAGACAAAUGACAAUAUUUUAAAAGCAAUAUAAGCACAUUAUUGGUGUCUCAUAAUACGUUCUUUGUUGUCUUUACAUCGUGAUACCAAUAUCUUAUGAUUUUAGCUGCUAAUUAAUCUCAUGCUUGAUGUGCCUUCUUUUUUGUUUUUCCAUUACAAGUUUUUUUAAUCGAAUCUUAAUUUCCAGCGUUUUCUAUCGAAGCAGUCUUCAGUUUUAAAAUCUCUGGCGGUCAUUGCAUCUUCGAUUUCUUCUCUCCAAGAUCGUCUUAGUCUACCUCGUUUUCUUCUAGUGGGCUGAGUCCAUUCUUUUAUCUUUUUGGGCCUGCUAUUUGAAGGGAUUCUCUGCAGGUGUCUAUACCAGUUUAGUCUUUGGCUUCAGUUGUUAUCUUCUCCUUAGCAAGUCUGUUGAGCCGGCAACAUCGUCUGCAAUAGUUCAUUACCAUGACUUUAACUUUUGAUUUGUUAUAUUUCUAUUUUUUUUUAUAAAUUCUUCAUUUAUUUUCUUUUGUUAUUGUAUUAUUCCACAAUAGACAGUCUAGCUCUCUAGUGGUUGAUCUUACUUGGCCAAUUCUGGUAUGUAUUUCUGCGCUGCUUUUGAUGUUAUUUGGACUCACAGGUAUGUUAAUUAAUUUGAUGUUUCCAUUUCAAUUUGUAGGCUUUCUGGUUUUUCUCCUACAACUUAGUACUCGGUUUUUUGUAAAUUAAUUGUGAGGUCUCACUUGGUAUACCUCUCUCCAGUUUUGUAAGUAUAUAGUCUAUAUCACUCUCUUCAGUUAGAAUGGUUUGGUCGUGUAUCGAGUACAAUCUCUCGUCUUCGAUUGCGAUGCCCAUAUUUCAGCACUUUCUUCUCCACACUGAUCAUUGAGAUAUAUUUUGAAGAUUGUAGGUGCUACACAGCAGCCUUGCUUUAAACCCUUACUAACAGGAAUUUUACUAGUUAAUUUCUUUUAGUUUUAACGUUUACCGUCAUAUUUUUUAAAGCUGUUAUACUGCUUCUCUAUUUUUUGUUUAUCUCUUGCUUUCAGCUCCUUGUAAGUGGUACACUAUCGUAUGUCUUUGUCAGAUCUGUAAACACCAUAUGAGUUGAAAGGUUGUGGACUAAUAUUUUCUCAAUAACCUGCUUUACAGUAAAUAUGCUUUCCACAUAGGAUUUGCCUGCACGAAAGCCAUUUUGUUCUUCUACUUUUGUAAAAGAUAAUGUUAUUAUGCUUGUUUGUGGUUACGUUAAUUAAGAUAGCGCAUAUAAUAUUAGUUUUUGAUGAUAUUAACAUACCCAUACGCAGUCAUUAAAAAAAUUGUGUUUCUGUUGUUUUAUUGACAACUUUCUGUUUCAGUGCGUUUUUUAAAACUCAAAAUAAAGUCUUACUGAACAUAACCUAACUAAUUAUUUAUGAAUCGUAACCCAAACAAAGCUAACAUAGGCGCAAAUAAUGUAGCAACUAUUUCAUUCCAUAGACAGUUAAUUUGUUAAAGAAAAAACACAGUUUGUGCAACUAAUUGUUCCUUAAAACGAUUAUUAAUAACUUGGUGGUUUUUGUAGAAGCAUCUCUCAAAUUUCCGGUAUUAAACGAAAGAGAGUUUUUCAAAUUUCGAGAUGAAAUGUAUAUAAAAAUUCCUUUUCAAGAAAAAAGAUAUCUUCUCUCGAAAUUUGGCGUAUUAUAAGACUGAUAUAUCAUAUUGCCAACGUUCCAACAUAGGUAUUUUUAAACUACAACUUUUUCUUUUAUUGAUACCACUUUACACAGUUCCUCAGAUAUACAGAUUUUUUACCAAAUAUAUACUCGAUAUUCUAUAUACAAAGGUUUUAUGUUUAUUCCUCCCUAUUGUGCAGCUUCGGUACGGCAUUUUACAACAAUUUAAUGAGUUUGAUGUCAAGAUAGUUGCUCCAUCUAUAUUAAGUACAAGAACAUGACUUGGGCCGCCUACCCACUAAACCCACCCCCUUCUUUCUCCAACCAACGGGUCUGAAACCGCUC